AUGGCGACUGCAGCACCUUCACCCCUGGUCAGCUCUGUAGAGAAGACAAAUGGAAACAAGCUCAGCAGACUUCUCAUUGAUGGUGGAACAACAGUACUGAGAAAUGUUUUUGACAGUUAUCACCCUCCUAAAACGUUGUCUGUUAACCUUUAUGCCAACUAUUCCAUUCUCAGUAAUCUGCGGCGUAAGAAAAUUCUAAACGGGAGUCAAUGGGAAAAACUGUUUCCACCUGGUGGAGGGCAUCCAAGCUCUAAGAACUUUGAUAUCACUCUUCUGUUUCUGUUGCUGAGUAACAUUUGCGGCCUAUACCCUCCCCCCGCAGGUCCCUGGCAUAAAAUGCCCCCCGCGAGUGACACCUCUAGAGAGGCUAAUCUUACUCGCGUCAAAUUCUAUCGAAACGAGCUCUAUGGUCACGUGGCAACAACUGGCAUUCCAACAGCAGAGUUCAUUGUGAAAUGGCAGGAAGUUAGUUCCGUUCUUGUUUCGCUUGGGUUGAAUCAGUCUGAGGUGGACCGAUUAAGGCGAGAGCCUUGUGGAGAGGACUAUGUCAGUGCUGUUACUGAAUGGAUGAAAAAUGACGAUGAGAUCAAAUUCCAAUUAAAAGACGUAAUUCGCAAACAACAGCAAGUGCUCCAAACCCAACAAGAAGAUCAGAGAACUCUUAACGACACACAUCAAAUUAUUGAAAAAAUGCAACAGACACAAGUAGAAGCCAACAAAUUGCAACAACAGGACCACAAAACUCUUCAUGAUACACACCAAACAUUAGGUAAAGUAGAACAGACUCAGUUGGAAGCUAGCAAAUUGCAACAGGAGGCCCACAAAACUCGUCAAGAUACAAACCAAACAGUUCGCCAAGUAGAACAGAUUCAAUUAGAGGCUAGCAAAUUGCAACGAGAGGAUCACAGAACUCUUCAAGAUACACACCGAACGGUUAGCAAAGUGGAACAGACGCUUCAAGAUACACACCAGGCAGUUGGCCAUUUACAACAGACGCAAAACGAGGCAGUGAAAUUGCAACAAGACGACCACAGAAUUCUUCAGGACACGCGCCAAGCAGUUGAAGGUGUACAGCGGUCUUUACAAGAUACAAAACAGAUGUUAGUACAAGAAGUUUGGAGAACCCGACAAGAAUUGCAGCAGCAGAUUAAGUAUGACGCUGCAAACGCUGAAGAAAGAAGAGAUAAAAUUGAAGAAGAUGAAACUCUGAGAAAACUUGCAAAAGUUGACACCGAGAGAGUCAUCCGGUAUCACUCUGCGAAAUACCAGGAGGGAACGCGCUUGCUCAUCUUUGAGAAGAUCAAGUUGUGGCUAGACGACCUUUCAUCUGAAAAUCGUGUGAUGGUAAUCAGUGGGGAUGCGGGAAUGGGCAAAUCAGUGAUCGCCGCUGUCGUCUGCCAAAGAAUGCAACACGCUGGUCGGCUCUCAGGAAGUCACUUUUGUCAGCACAACAAGGAACGUUACAGAAACCCCAGCGUGAUGCUUCAAUCGUUAGCUUGUCAGCUGUGUGGUGUUUUACCAGAAUACAAAAGUGAACUUGUGAAGAAACUUUCUAGAAACUUGGGUGUGGACAUGAACAGCCUAGAAGUUCAGGAGUUGUUCGAGUUUCUUUUCGAAGAGCCUUUACGCGGCGUGGGAGACCCUGGUAGAAAUUUGCUGUUAGUUAUUGAUGGCUUGGAUGAAAGUGAAUACAAAGGCCGCAAUGAGCUGCUUGAUGUCAUUGCUAAUCACUUUUGCACACUUCCUGCUUGGGUUCGGUUUUGUGUUACCGCUCGACCGGAAGUAAACAUCGCAGGCCGUCUUAAAAAGUUUAAUCCUGUUCAGCUCAAGCAAGAUGACGAAGAAAAUGUUAAAGACAUCAGACUCUUUCUUGAGAGACAGCUAAGCAAAGUUAUUCAAAAGAGCUUUGAAGAAGUCGUUAUCAGUGAACUGGCCCGAAAAGCUGCUGGACAUAUUUUAUACGCCUAUUUGAUGGCCGAUUUUAUCAACAAAAACUUUUCAAGUUUCACCCCUGAGGAUUUGGGAAGAACGUUACCUUCAGGUGUAUCAUCUGUUUAUCAGAAUUAUUUUGAACGUUUGGAGAAAGAAUUGAAAAGUAUUGAGGAACUGACGAUAAGUGCUGAUCAGUUUUUGACUUUUCUUAGUGCUUUUGCAGCUGCAAAGCAACCUCUUCCACUAGACUUUGUUUCUAAGAUGUUGCUUUCGGACGCAAAGUCUCCAGCUUGUCACCGGAAAGUAAGAAAGGCUAUCGAAUGCAUCUCAACCCUUCUACCUGUUCAAGAUGGCUGCAUUCACUUCUUUCACAAAUCAGUUAAGGACUGGUUGACUGACAGAACUGCUUACGGGCAACACAGCUUUUCUGUGGAUGAAAAACAAGGUCAACUUGCCCUUUCUGAGCUUUGUACUGGUGAAUUAAAUGAUGUUAAAAGGAAAGGUGUUCACGAAGCAGAGUUCAGUGACCCUGCGAGGUACGCCCUACAGCAUGGUGUUGAUCAUUUGCUCGAGUUGGAAGAGAGUACGAGAGCAUCCAGCUUCAAAGAAAUCGUCAAGAACUACGUAAUCGACUUCGAGAUUGUAUUUGCAAAGUUGUGUGUAAACAACGCGACUAGCUCCGAAGACAUUAUUCGUGUUCAGAGACAUGAACUUUUUAGAGCAUUGAGUCGUAGGAGUAAAAGAACCCUUAGCACGAUGUUGUUCCUCUUGAGAAAGUACCACGAAAGGCUGACGGCGAUUCCUAGUACAUUCUUUCAAGUGAUGAUGAAGGAGGGAGGAAAAGAUUGUGCUAAGAAGGCAAAAGAGCUUUUACAUACCCAAUAUCAUGACAUACCGUUCAUGAAGUUUGUUGAUAAGCGAGCUGCGAAGGAGCAAAUAAGUGGAAUCCAAGCUGUGUUUCGCUGCACCUCUCAAGUGGCUUGCUUUGACAUUUCACCUCAGCAGGAGUUCAUGGUUUGUGAAUGUAGAAAUGGUAUGAUUCAGCUGUGGUCCCUACAAACGGGGAAGCUAAUUUGGAAACGUCCGGUCACGGUCGAGAAACGUUACUUUGAAGACCAUGGCGCGUUUAGAAUGGUGCCGAACACAUCUGUAUUGUCAUGUUAUCGCUCUGUUGUUUUUCACCCUACUAAGCUCAUUGUUCUCCCUGGAGUCCUUAGCCAUGCUUACUCAAGUGACGGAGACUUCCUACCACUGUUCCCUAGGAGCAACUGCAGAUUUUCGGUUUGUUCAAUUAAUCGGGAUACCAUGAUUACUGACUCCCUUGUCGAUGCUCGAUGCCUUAUCAUGUGGAAUCUACAAAACGGUGACGAAAUAUCUCGAACUGUCAGAAAUGAGGUAGUUUUGUCUUUUGCCUGGUCUUCAAAUUUAGGACCACUAGCGAUUUCCCAUUUUUCUGGACUGGUAUGUUUGGUUGAUGCAUUAAAUUGCUUUGAGACACUUGCAGAGAUCAACACUUUUGAACCAUGUGGAAUGAUCAAGUUCACGCCUGAUCUUAAAUUUCUUUUUGGUUGGCUUUUGCCAGUAGAAAGUAUGAGCAGCUUCCGAAAGGUUAUUCGAUUACACGUCUUUAAGUUGCCUUGGCGUACCUUUUCCUUUUUUGAUGUUGACGAAAACGUUGGCUCUGAACCUUGGGAUUAUCAAUCCCCAAGCAAGGGUGCAUUCUUGAUGGGAGAUCCUAUCUCUAAUUCCCAGGACGGUUCUAUACCCCGACCGUCUGAUGCCUUUGUGUUUGUCUUAAACAAGCAAUGUUUAGUAAGGGCAUAUCCCGGCAGCAACAAUAUUGAAAUAUGCAGUCACGUUGCACUCAAAGUUAUCAGACAAUACAGUCUUAAUUUUUUUCAUAUUGCCUUUGCUUUAGAUGGGAAGACCAUUUACGGUGUCACCGCAGACGGAGUGAUACGUCUGGAUGUGUCAAACCGAAAAAUUAAAGAAAAUAAUCUUUUUCGAGCAACUAACCUCAUGUUAGAGUUACCUUCCUUAGAUGAUGAUUGUGUUGUUGAAGAUAAGUUACCCUACCUGUCCUUAGUUGAUGAUUGUGUUGUUGAAGGUAGUGGAAUUUGUCUUGUACCUGUGUCAAAAGGUGUCCUUUUGAAACGGCGUGAUCCUUGGGCGGCUGUUCAGCUGUGGAAUUUUAAAUUGUCAAAAGAAGUCCAAAGUUGGUCCAGUUUACGCGAGGUUACUUAUAUAUUCCCAGUUACAGACCAAUGUGUAGCCUGUGUGGGAAGAGGAUUUAAGGUGAGCAUCCUGGACACAUCAAGUGGAAAAAUAGUGAACACCAUCUCACUUUGCCAUGAAGAAUACCAGUCAACAUAUCCAGUGUUGCGUAAAGAAGCCAUAGAAUGCAACAGUAAAUAUCAGCUGUUAUCCACCGCUUUUGACUCAGUUCAACUGUCAGACGGCAAAAGUAUACUAUGGAAGAGAGCUUGGAAAAACUCUCUUUUACGCGGCAACAUAGCUGGGAUGUUUACCCCAACGGAAGAGUUUGUCCUUGUCUCGGCUGGAACCUCCCAGAGUAGGCAAGAAGUUCACGUACUUGACGCUUCUUCAGGAAACACUCUCCGCACACUAUGCUCAGUCGAUGAUGUUUCCAACUGCGCGUUUGUGAGUAACGAGGAAUGUGUAAUUGACCGCCGAGAUUUUUCAAGAGGUUACCAUUUGCUGUUGUUUAAUGUUAGGACUGGGGAUUUGCUAAGCGUACUUGAUGUUUAUGCUACGGAAAGGCCUAAAUAUAUGGCUGCUUUUCCGCAAAAGGGUUUGAUCGCCAUAGGCCUAAGGAACUCCAAACGUAUGCACCCUUUUAUUGAAGUAAAAGUGCCGCGAGACAAAGUCAGCCGGAAAGCAAAAGGUGAGCAAUGCGUUUGUUUCUUAAAAUUACUUACUUCGUCACGCAGACACGAUCACACCCAAGAAGAAAUGUCAUGCGAAUUUUAGCGCGUCUAUUACCUCCGCGUAUAUUUUGAUGCAAACAGACCCCAGGGUGAGCUAGUUUUCGUCAUUCUGUACACACUCAGAUUUAACCCCCUACUCCUUAGGAAAGACCAACAUUCGAUUUUUCCUAAUAGUAAGGACUGCUCAAGCAAUUACAUAAAGGUGGCGAGAAAAAAGGAAAUGUUCAGCAAGUGAAGAAGGUCGUGAUUGUUAAGUGGUAGCAAAAGAAUUUUGUGCAGAAGAGAACAUUGACGAGAAUAUGCAUGCUGAUGCUUGGGUUUGAGUAGGGUUUAAAGAAAUUUUACUACACGAAGUCUAGAAUAGAGUCUAACAGUCAAUAGAUUAAUUGGUCUGAUUCAAAGAACCAAAUUUUUAAUGAUAAUUAUUUGUAUUUUGGAACAACUGAAAUGUAGCUAAAUCUUUAGGCCGAAAUUAAUGGAUACAAAUAUUUAUUAUAUGGGCUUCUAGAUCCCAAUGAAUAAGUAGGCAUGUUGUAAUUGCAUGGCUUGCGUACAUUGCGGGUGGCUGUUGGUUUUUUAAGUUGGUUUUCCCCCAUCAUCUUUAUGUAGUCCCGGUCAGUAGUUACUUUUUUACACAGUAACUUUCUAAUCCUGUGGAUUAAUACAAAGUGAUUGUAGGUACAAAUUAUAUCAGUACUUCAACAAAAGUUUUUAACUCUAAACGUUCACUUCCAGUAUAUACAGUGAAACUUAAUCGCAUCUUAAUUUUUUACAGUUUCUGAGAGCUCAAGAACUACGAACGAGGACUGCGAUGCUGUACGUAAACCGCUGUAGAAGUUGUGAGUGUGACGUUCUUUUAUUUCCUUCCCCUUCAACUGUGAUGCAGCGUAACCUCGAUUUAACGAAGGGCGAAGGGAAUGGCAAAAUCUGUUCGCUUUAUUGAGGUUCUUUUUCAUGUAUCUUACUAUGACUGGGGUAAAGAAAAUCUUUCGUCAUACCGAGGAGUUCGAUCGUUAUAUCGAGGUUCCAGUGUCGUAAAGUUUUUUAAGAUGUAAUGAUUGCUUCCGAAACUCGUACUCCAAAGAUGCUGCUUUUGGAACUAAAACUAUUUGAACUAAGAACCGUUGACAGCCUCUCACAUUUAUUGUAGAUUUUUUUUAUAUUGAUGAUUGAGGUGAUGUUUUUCAUUACAAUGCAGCGCAUUUUUUGUUAACAUAUUCUUUUUGAUUACCUAUCAAUGUGGCACAGGUUUUUAAGAUUCCAUGAGGAUGAUGGAUCUGUAUCUGACAUAUAAUACGGGCAGUCUCAAAAUAACACGAGGCGGUUUCAGCAAUAC